CACUCGGAAUCGACAUUAUCCUUCCUUCAUCAUGACAGGCGGGGUCGUCUACAAAGAUCUACUGCCCAUUCCAGCAGAGGAUCCUACCGAGCAACAUGGAACUACCCCUACACUGACGGAUAAACCGACCGAAAGCCAUGCCUUGGCCAUGGAAGCUGCAAAGGCACCCGAGAUUGCCGGUGCUGCUCAGGCAGAGCACCAUGAAGAAGUCGUGAAUUUGGGCUGGAACGAGCCCAAGGAACAGAUUGCCAGUCCACUUGUCGGCGGGUUAGACAACGAAGAUCUAUGGGUUCUUGUCCGUCGCUUCAACAAGCAAAUGUACCAUGUCAAGGAGAUUCCAAACGCCGCCCCUGGCGGUCUUGACCUCAACAUUGCCGACGAAGAAGAGUUCUCUCCAGAUAAAUUGAGAAGCAACAUCGAACGCGUCUACAUGACCAUUGGUAUCGGUGUCAUGGCAUUUGUCAAACACAUCGUUCGCCUGAGGUCGUGGCGUGAAGCUCGUCGCACUUCCUGGUUCUGUGCCGCCUACUUCACUGCCUGGAUGCUCGACUUGAUCAUGCCGCUGCUUUCGGCUAUUUUGAUUGCCUUGAUCGCAUACCCUCCCCUUCGUGCCAUCAUGUUUCCCCCAGCACCCAUUGCCCUCGUAUCCUCCAAGACGGGUGGUGUGCAGAAACCCAAGUCUGGAACCUUGGGAAGUCAUGACAGCGUAACUGGAGCCCCAGAAAACCACAAAGGUGAGGCAGUGGAGCAGGAGGCCAGCAAUUUCGUCAAUGGCAUCGCAUCUGUGGCUCUAUCUAGUGCUACUGGCAAACAUCCACAGGACGAUGACCCGGCCGCGUCUGAGGAACCGGGAAGUGCGGUCCCAGACCCGACAUCUAUCGCUAUGGGUACUGCAGAAGCGAAGGAGAAAGCUGCAGGUCGAAAUCCAACAGCAAAGCAUGACAGGACCAAAGUUCCCAUGGAGACGGCAAUGUGGACACAAAUGCGCCCCAUCAUGCAUGGUCUUGCCGACUUGACUGACACCUGGGAACGUUUCGCCAAUGCAUUAUCCCCGACAGCUCCCUAUCCACAAGAUCGCUACCGCCUCCGACUAGCUGCCGUCGUCCUUCCUCUUUUCCUGAUCUCAUUAUUUGUAUCCUCGUACAUGUACACAAAGGGCAUGACCUUUGGGAUUGGUUUCGGCUUCUUUGGUGACCCCAUCCUCACGCGAGGCUUUGAACUUCUUAAUCGGAAGUUCCCCAACUGGCAGAAGCUCCUCGAACUUCGCAACACGUUGCUUAAAGGCGUUCCUACCAAUGCCCAGCUCACCAUUACACUGCUACGUAUCGGAGAGGCCAACAAAGCGCCUCUUCCCCCACCACCUCAUAUCGCUUUGCCACCACCUGAGAAGCCUGCAGAUGUCAGUGAAAAAGAUCUACGGGCCACUGGAGCAGAUUAUCCCCUUAACGCAACCCAAGAAGAGCUCGACGAAGCUAUGGCCCAUGAUCCAGCUGUGCCUCACGAGACAGGUGGCGCCGAUAUUGAUGCCUCUAAGAACAGCAAGCAUGGCAGGAAAGGCAGCAAGGUAUUGAACUUCUUCCGCACCACAGUCAAAGGCGGUGUGGAAACAGCGAUGGGCACCGACAGACUCAAAGCAAAAGUCGGAGACCACCAUGCUCAGAACAGACUGGGUGCCGUACCAAAGAAAGGCGAAGACCUCACUUCCGGUCCUGUCGAGUUCAAAGCUAGAUAUCGCGGCAAUAAGGGCCAUGUCUACAUCACCACCAAAUCGACAAUCCCCUGCGUUGCUUUCUCUGCAGACAAGACUAUCGAGACGAUUGGGACGGCGGAGCGUGAAGAUUUGCACCCGCUGUGGAGCAUCCCUGUUGGUGAGAUUGCCGAGCUGCGCAAGGUGGGCGGGUAUGGAUGGAAAGCGAAACUCGUUGUAGGGUGGGCGAUGCAGAGAGAGGUCGCGGAUGGGCUGGAGAUUGUUACUAGGUCCACGGCUAGUAAGGAAGUCGAGAAGAUCAAGGUCACGGCUAUGCCAUUGCGAGAUGAGCUCUUCAAUCGUUUGGUUGCUAUGGGAGGCCAGAAAUGGGAGACUUGGUAG